AUGAGUCCAUCGCCGUCGCCGCGACUCUUCACACCCCCAGCUGCCACCACUACCGCAGUUGCACCGUGUCCAGCGCAGCCAUCUGCGCCGACACACCUCUGCUCGCCAUCACCCUCCCCGGAAACCCACAACAACAGCAACGCCCCUCGUGAUGCCUUGGGCAUGGAAGAAGGGCAGAGCAGCAAUAACAAGAGGAACAAGACUGCUCUUAGAAGAGUGGGGAGGUCAAUGGGGAGGGGCUUGAGGCAAUGUUCGGGCUUUUUCAAGAAGAGGCCGGAUGCGCCGGAUGAGGUUGAGCAGGUGCCGAAGCCGGUGCACUGGUCGGAAUUGUGA